AUGAGAACCAACGAGCAAGGACAGAAGAUUGCCUGUUCCAAGUGCCGUGUGGGGCACCGAACAACAGCAUGUGUUGACGCCCCAGGCCACCAAGAUGAAGUGAAGGCGGUCCCCCGAGCUGGUCGUCCAGCCGGUGCCAAGACUAACCCAGUCAGGGUCGCUGAGCAACGGGGACAGAAGAGGAGACGCACGGUGGACAAGCUGCAGGAGGAUCAAGCUGCAGCCUUUCACGUCUAUGAUCUUCCACGCACGGCUUCUGAACCUGCGCUUGGGGGCUUUGUAGCUCGGAACCUGCAGGUUCCCGUCCAGGGGUACCAGAAUCUGGGGAGCCUUGCAGGCCCUCAUGCUCCUGCCCCUUCUGUUGCCCGGCGUUAUACUUUCCCUCCGAAUCGCCUUCCUUCUGGUUUACCUGGACCCGUCACGCAUUCCUUGGAGCAGCCAGUGAAUCCUGGCGCGUCUCAAUGGCCCGUCCUUCCUGCUCCCGCUGAUUCUGUUCCUGUUUCUGCCCCUCCUACCCUCAAUUUCCCUGUCACUGCUCAUGGCAAUGCUGCCCCUGUUUUUUCCUUUGGAGUAGAAAUUUUCUCGGAUAUGGGGUUUGGGAUGGACAUCCCAAACCCUCCAAAUCCUCCUACUCCCUCACUGGGCUCUGGUACCAUUAGUAACCCUCUUUACUUUGGUUUCCACAAUCCCAUGCCCACCCUUGGUCACCCUUCUCUCCGUCAGUUCCGCCAUGCCUCCUCUGCCCCAGUUUCCCAGCCUGUCUUGGUCAACCAGUUCGGUGCUAUGGCACCGAACUCUUCAGUCAACAACCCGGUGACGGGGUUUCCUCAAGUUGACAUGAUAGCUCAGGUUGAUCAAGUGGACACCAGGACGCUCCAAAGUCUCCAAGAAAGUGCCAUGGCAGCUGAGGAUUUUGUCCGUCCUGCUCCCUCUAUCCCAUCCCCCGACCUCUUUCCACCUAACGAAGAGGUUGAGGUUGUUCAGCCCACGCCAGCGGCCAACAGAGAUGCCCAAUCUUCCGGCUCUCCGAGUUUUUCCGGGUCGUGGAUGUUUCUUAAUCCCCUGACUUCGGAUGGUGCCUUCACCGCGGAACUUCCCGGACUUGGUACUCUGGCUGAUCAGAGGGCAUCGGCUUCAUCUGGCCAAAAUGCUUUCUUUGAUGCCGCAACCCAUGUUGACGGCCUCUUUGUGGGUGGAGACCAGUAUGAACCUGGAGAAAAGUCUGGUUGUCCUAUCGAAAAGGCUGGUGACUUAUUCCCUUUCUCUGGUUUUUUUACUUGA